GCCAUAUCAUAUUUUACGUCAUUAUGUCGGAUAACUCAUACUCAACUCGCGCAUAGCCACACAUAUCGUAAUUUAUAGUAAACCACAUGAAAGCGAAUCAAAAUUUACAUUUUAAUUGCAAAAUUCAACCAGAAUAUUUAAAUUUACUACAAAAUACAUAUAAAAACAAAAUUGUUACAAUACGUCGAAAUUUUGUUUGGGAAAUAUUUAAACAUUCUGUAUAAUAAAAUGAAUAAGAGAUGUAGGUUUGGCAAAGUAUGAAUGGCGAACGAGUGCAAAAGAAAACGUAGUAAAUCUCGAUCAUGAGACUCUGCAAACGCGUAAUAAAUCAACCCGUCGUCGGUUUGGGCGUCGCGACGCCGACGCCUUCCCUAUUUCUUUGAAGUAACUUCCGCCCGGUUCGUUAAAUCACAAAUCCUACUUGAAUUGAAAAUUUAUACAGAGGAAUUCACCAUAGUGCCAUUACAGUUGCCUAUAAACGCGUUUUUUAGGUUAUGUGACAAAUUUCUGCAAACAACAAGUGUUAACCAUUUAGAAUUACUUCUUAUAUUCUAAAAUUUAUUAACGCCGAACAAAGAAUUCAUUGUUGGAGGUUGAUGCUAAAUUAAAAAUGUAAAUACACGAAGGCUGAAAGUGAAAUUCAUAAUCACAUUUUCCAUUCGUGUCAAAUAUUUGCGUAUCAAAUUCCCAAUUCACACCUUGAAGAAAGUCGGAUUUAUUUAUUGUAUAAGUAGCUAAUUAAAAAUGUAAAUACAUUUUUAGGUUAUAAAUUUGCUUAAAUUAAUAUUUAUGGUCAGCUUCAUUGAUCUUCUUCUUCAUUUGUAAUAAAUUAUUAAUUUUACUGAAGUUGAAAUGUAUAUUCACGUUGACGUUGGGAAAGUUGCUUCGUAACUAUUUCCGUAUUUCUUUACUAAAUUUCAAACACAAAUAAAAACUGUGCAAUAUUUAUUCGUGGUGUGAGAUGUGAACAGUGCCCACAUUUAAUAUUUGCUCUUCUUUGCGCGCUGGGUCGAAAGAAAGUGACAAAAUUCAUUUCUUGGCCGUGUGUCUAAUUUAACUUGCAAAUAAAAAAGAACAGAUCUUGUGCAUGAGUACAAUUCACGUGGUUUUAAACUCUAUGAUCUUCUUACGUCGAAACAUUAUUUGUAAGUCAACAAAAGAGUUUAGGUAUAAAAGGUACACGUAGUCAAAAAAACUUCACAUUCCAACGUUCAUCGUCCAAUAACGCUUUCAGCGUUACAAGCUAAGCAAGAAAAUGCGUUUCUUUGUGGUAUUAGUAGCUUUGGUAGGGUUGAUUUCCGCUGAACAAUUGCGGAAAACAACAGCUACACCUCCAGCAACACCAUCAACACCUUUGGGUUUGAAACCACCUGCGGCACCUUCAACUAAAAUCAAGCGGGACAGUGAUCUUAUACCGGAUUCACCAGUAUUGGGACCCAACCAAGCUUUACCUUUGAAUUCCCCUCAGAGUCAAUUUGAUCAUUUUUACCAAUCUGGUUUUGAUGCACCGAAAGAUUCCGGUGCGUCGCUAGGAGGUCAGGUUGAUCAAGCAAGACUUGCUGGAUUCUCUACAUCAGGUCAAGGUCAAAGUGGUUUUGGUGGAUCUGCUAGUUUCAAUUCUGGUUUCAAUGGAUUCAGUGGAGGUCAGCAAGGAAUUCAAGGCGGUCAACAAUACACUCCAAAUGGCGGAUAUAAUUACGCCAAUAACUUCAAUCAUGGCGAAUUUAACGCUGGUAACUCUGAAAUCAACUCUGGUAGCUCUGGCUUUGAUAGCGGGUCCAGUUUCAGUGGAAACACUGGUUUUACUGGUGGUAAUACUGACUUCAGCAAUGAUAACACCCGAUUUAAUGGAGAUAGUAAUACAUUGACCAAUAGCAACGGAUUUGGUUCCUCAAAUGGAUUCUCAAGCAGUGGUAGUUUUUCAGGAUCAACUGGUACCGGCUACAACCCAGGUUUAACUGAAUCAAUUGGGUCAGGAUGUGGUAGUGGAUGUUCUUCUGCACCUAUCAAUACUGAAACCCAAGGAUACCCUAGAUACAAUGGCUGUGGUGGAUCCUACACUUCUUCCAGUUCCACCAGUUCUGGAUGUGGCUUUCCCCAACCCAGUUUCCAACCGAAUGUUCAACCAAUCGUCCAACCUCCCAAAAUCAUCACCAAAGAAGUCCGUGUACCAGUACCACAACCCUACCCUGUUACAGUUGUAAAGAAGGUACCAGUGCCAGUACCACAACCCUACCCGGUUCAAGUAGCUAAACCAGUACCAUACCGCGUUGAGGUCCGUGUCCCAGUACCAGUACCCAAGCCAUACCCAGUUACAGUCACGCAGAGGGUACCAGUGAAGGUCCCAGUCUACGUUAAGGUACCCCAACCUGUUCGCGUUGAAGUCCCAAGACCAUACCCAGUUGAGAAACGUGUACCAUACCCAGUUCAGGUUAAGGUACCAGUAUACAUCAGGGUACCUGUACCAACAAACACAGGUAACUACCAGGAGUACACCGGAAGCAAUCAGAACUUCCAGGAGUUCCACCCAACUCCAGCUCCUUCCUUUGGCACACCUGCUGCUGUCUACGGCCCACCCGGUUACCAAUCUGGUGGACCACUCAAGAAGAAGGUACUGCUGUUGGUGGCUUUGGCUUUUGCUGAAGAUCAAGCCCCAGCUAGAAAGACCAAAAGGUACGCCACUCGUCGAGGUGACCAUGGUCAUGGUCACAGUCAUGAAGGGCAUUCUUACGGUCCCAACGACCAUUAUUACCAUUUAGAUAUUGGAAGUAACAACAACAAUGGCGGCGGCAACAUUAACCAUUUCCAUAAUAAUGAUAAUAGCUUCAUUGGAACUGGAAACGAUAAUGGUUACAUCGGCACUGGUUAUGGCAAUGGUUAUGUACAGCACCAACUACUACACCAGCAGACCAUCUAUUCAUACUCAUCAAACCACUGGUCGCAUUAUUGCUACAAAAGUCCACAGUCAUACACAUACCCAGAACACCGUCACCAACGCCAUUGGUAUUCCAAUCCCAAAACCCUACCCAGUUACCGUUUUGAAAAGGUCCAUGUGCCUGUACCACGUCCUUAUCCAGUACAUGUUACCAAAAAGGUGCCAGUGCCAGUAGAGGUCCGCGUCCCAGUGGAAGUACCAAGGCCAUACCCAGUGCAUGUCACUCAAAGAGUCCCAGUACGUGUGCCAGUCUACGUCAGAGUACCACAACCUGUUCGUGUUGAAGUGCCCGUUCCAAGACCAUACCCGGUUCAUGUUGACAAACCAGUACCAGUUCCAGUCAGAGUACCUGUCUACGUCAAGGUUCCAGUCCCGGUUAACAAUGGAGGUGGUCCUCAUGUCGAUCACAUUGACAUCCACCACACUGGUAAUGGUGGUCCAGGAAGCAUCUAUGUCACUGGGCAUACUGAUAAUGGUAAUGGAGGCAGCGUUGGAUCUAUCAGUGGAACUGUAGGAGGUACUAGCAAUGGAGGUGGUAGCAUUGGAGGCGGCAGUAUUAGUACAGGUAGUAUUGGAGGUGGUUUUGUUGGAAAUGGUGGAGGAGCCUUUGGAGGAGGCUCUACUAUUUCAUCUGGUACAUCGUUUGAGGGUGGAUCUGGUAGCUCGGGAAGUUUUGAAAGUGGAAGCUCUGGUGGAUUUGUCCCAAGCACAGGCACUGGUCUCCCGGCUGGUCAUCAUGAUGCCCACAUUGAUUUCCAAGGAGGAUAUUAA